UGAGCUACCCCGACCUGUGUCCUGCGGCUGGGCCGGGCCUGAGUCCUCCCAGGGCCCGGGUCGGACGGUUUGCCGAGUCCCUGUGCGGCCGCCAUGGACAACUCCGGGAAGGAAGCGGAGGCGAUGGCGCUGCUGGCCGAGGCGGAGCGCAAGGUGAAGAAUUCGCAGUCCUUCUUCUCCGGCCUCUUCGGAGGCUCAUCCAAAAUCGAGGAAGCCUGUGAGAUCUACGCCCGAGCUGCAAACAUGUUCAAAAUGGCCAAAAACUGGAGCGCUGCCGGGAACGCGUUCUGCCAGGCAGCCCAGCUGCACCUGCAGCUUCAGAGCAAGCACGAUGCUGCCACCUGCUUCGUGGAUGCUGGCAAUGCCUUCAAGAAAGCUGACCCACAAGAGGCCAUUAACUGUCUCAUGAGAGCCAUCGAGAUUUACACGGACAUGGGCCGCUUCACGAUCGCAGCGAAGCAUCACAUCUCCAUUGCAGAAGUCUACGAGACGGAGCUGGUGGACAUCGAGAAGGCCAUUGCGCACUACGAGCAGUCCGCAGACUACUACAAGGGCGAGGAGUCCAACAGCUCAGCCAACAAGUGUCUGUUGAAGGUGGCCGGCUACGCCGCGCAGCUGGAGCAGUACCAGAAGGCCGUGGACAUCUACGAGCAGGUGGGGACCAGCGCCAUGGACAGCCCCCUCCUCAAGUACAGCGCCAAGGACUACUUCUUCAAGGCGGCCCUCUGCCACUUCUGCAUCGACAUGCUCAAUGCCAAGCUGGCCGUCCAGAAGUACGAGGAGCUAUUCCCUGCCUUCUCCGAGUCCCGAGAGUGCAAGCUGAUGAAGAAGCUGCUAGAUGCCCAUGAGGAACAGAACGUGGACAGCUACACCGAGGCGGUGAAGGAGUACGAUGCCAUCUCCCGGCUGGACCAGUGGCUCACCACCAUGCUGCUGCGCAUCAAGAAGACCAUCCAGGGCGAUGAGGAGGACCUGCGUUAGGCCCCGCCCAGCCUGGACCUGACUCCGCCCCUGCUCCUGGGCCCUGCCCCGACCCCCACUCCAGUGAGGAGCCAGUGGGAGACGUGGGGCCGAGACCUUGGCUCAAGACCGUUCCUUCCCACCCCACCCCACCCCACCAGAGGGGUUUCCCAGACCAAAGCCGUGGCCACGUGGGCUCAGGAGACCAGGACUGCUGGCUGGCGGUCGCUUUCUGCCCUUGCCUCACCCCUGCCCGUUUAUUUAAGCACCCCUGGUGCCCUUCUCUAAGCCCCGAAAGCCAGCUGUACAGAACCUCCCAUACAGAGCAGUUUGCUGGGGGUGCUGGCAGAGCUGGGAAUCAGCACCUGACCUCCCAUUUCCAGACAGCAUCCCCCAGCUGAGCUCUGAGCACUGUAGCUGCUGCCCGCCAGGAAGGGCUCCUGACUGCGCCCAGGAUCCCUGCUCCCUUUAGCUCCAGCCUCUCAGGUUAGACUCACGAGGGUCCUCCAGCACCACCACCUCUUCCCCUAGCGCUUGGAGGUUCUGUCGGGGCAGCUGCAGCUCCCCCAGCAAGAAAAUAGAGUCGACACUUUUG